AUGUUAUGGCAGACAAUAAGUGAUUUAAAACUCAUCUUCGCCUUGGCAACCGUUGCCUACUCGGCCCCUAAGCCCAGCUAUGGCUACUCGGCCCUCGAUAGCCACGCUUACAGCCGUGGCUACCUGGGUGGUUACGGCACCCUCGGCGGUUACGGCGGUGGUAUCAAGGGAUACGCCGCUGCGCCCCUACACGUGGCCAACACCCACACCCACUCCGUGCGCCAGGUGGCCGUCCCGGUGCCGGUAGCCAAGCCCUACCCCGUCCCAGUGUAUAAGACUGUUGGACACCCGGUGCCGGUGCCCGUUGUCAGGCACGUGGCCGAGCCCUACCCCGUCAAAGUGCCUGUGGAUCAGCCAUACGCCGUCCCAGUCGUGAAACACGUGGCUCAGCCCUACCCCGUCUACCAGACCCAAGUGCGCGACGUCCCGGAGCCCUAUCCCGUCCACGUCGUCAAGAAUGUGGUGCGCGAUGUCGUCCGACAGGUGAAGGUACCCGUCCCUCAGCCAUACGCCGUGAAGGUGCCCGUCGACCAGCCCUACCCCGUCGAGAAGGUCGUGGUCCAGAACUACGAGGUGAAGGUGCCGGUCGCCCAGCCCUACCCGGUCGAGAAAAUCGUGGAGAGAAUCGUGAAGGUGCCCUACGAAGUCAGAGUGCCGGUGCCCCAGCCCUACGAAGUCAAGGUACCCGUCCCGCAGCCCUACCCCGUCGAGCGAGUGGUCGUGAAGGAGGUGCCCGUCGAGCAGGUGGUCGAGCGAAUCGUGAAGGUCCCGGUGCCCCAGCCCUACGAAGUGGUGAAGAUUGUCAAAGUGCCCGUCGAAGUGAUCCGAGAGGUCAAGAUCCCGGUGCCCGUCGAGCGUAUUGUCGAGCGCAGAGUUCCCCAGCCCUACGAAGUGAUCAAAGAGGUUAAGGUGCCCUACGAGGUGGUCCGCAAGGUCGAGAUCCCGGUGCCCGUCGAGCGAAUCGUCGAGGUCCAGGUGCCCCAGCCCUAUGAGGUGAUUAAGGAGGUGCCCGUCGAGCGAGAGGUCGUGAGGAAUGUCUAUGUGGACAGACCGGUGGCGGUGCCGGUGGUCAGGAAAGUCGUGGAGCAGGUGCCGAUCGGCGUGAAGACUGUACAACACGUACAACAGGAGCAUAUCGUACAGCAGGAGGACAUCGGAUACGGCGGACGUAAGGCCGGAAAGGCGUAAACUCCGUCAUCCGUCGGACGCCCAUAGAAGGGAAUAGUAGUUAGUUUUGUUGAUAGAAAAGCACAACCAUUUCGAUGAUGACUAUAUUUUUGAGACAAAAUUUAUUAUUAAAAUUAAAUUGUUUUUUGUUUUUCCCUGU